UGCCUUUUGCUUUCUUGACUUUACCUUUUUCCUUUACCUUCAGAAUGGAUUCCAAUACUGAACCCCAGGCGUCUACUUCGGGCUCGACCUCUACGUACCGUGAAGCGGCAGCCCUUCCUCUACCUUCGACGCCUUUCUAUUCCGUUGAGUAUCCCGGUCGCGUAAAACCUACUUCUGUUCCAGAGGCUAUUCGUACUCUGGGGGGUCAGGCAACCCUGGAUAGCGCAUUCAGACGCGCCACAUCGAAAGCCGAGUCUCUUGUAGAGCUUACCUUCAGACCUGACAACCCAUUCUCUCAUCCCAUUCCAGGCGAAGUCGUGGCUUCGAAUGCCAUCCUCUUGAAGGUCGUCAAACGGAAGAAAAAGAAACAAACUGAAAGCCCAGAGGAUGUCUUUAUUGGAGAAUAUACGACAGAAGCAGUCGGUAUCAUUCCCAAGACUAUAAGAUUUCGAAGUUUGGCUGAUUAUCAAUACCAGCCCGAUGUUGAAGAUCCUAUGGGUAAACUCCGCAUGUCUAUGUCCGCCAUGGAUGUGGAAGCCAUUCGCGCAUAUAGAUUUCCUGAAGAAAAGGCCGAUUAUAUGGUCCCAGCCAACUCAUCAUCUUCACCACCACUGCCACCACCUUUCUCGACCUCAGAUUCAGAUUUUGAGAUGAAUCUAGAUCCGCAACUGAUGGAUGUCUCGAAACCUCCACCCGUUUCUGAUUCCGCCAUGCGAAGCAAUCUUCGUCUGUUUCCUCCACCAAUUUUCAGCAGACAAACUAUUCCCCAAGUAUACAACUUCAAGGCAAAUACUGCUUCCAUUGUCUCAACAACCGUCGAUGAAGAGACUGGCGAGGAAAAGAAGAGACUUAUCAAUCGUAUGCGCUGGAAAGGUUAUGGACCUGCCACAAUAUCUUUCACAGACACAGCAGUUCCUGACAAACCACCUCAGAACGUUGAAGCUGUCCGCGCUCAAGUAGACCAAAGAAUUUUAAAAAUGCUUGAAGCUUUCUUCAACGACCGACCUGUAUGGACACGGAUGUCACUGUUCAACCAAUUUGCACCCGGAGAAGCCAGGGAAAUCCACAAUUCCAAAGUGUUACUGCCUCUUGUAUGUUAUGUUUUCCAAGAUGGACCGUGGCGCGAUACAUUGGUCAGGUUCACUUAUGAUCCUCGAAAACAUACGGAAGCCAGAUUAUUCCAGCGGCUGUACUUCAGGAAUGCAAAUCACCCCAUCGCCAGACCAUCAGUUGCUACGAGGCGUCAAGAUCGUUCGGCUACCAACACUCUCUUGGAGCAUGGUGUGGACAAAGAUCUCGAACGCAGGACUUCUCAUAUCUUUGAUGGCCGUACUUUGACGAAAGAGACCGCCGCCUUCCAACUGUGCGAUAUUGAAGAUCCAAUGUUGAAAGAAAUGAUUGAGGAUGCCAGCGACCUGCGUGAAACUUGCGACGAGCGCGAUGGAUGGUAUUCGACACACGUAUUUGAACGUAUCAAGGCUGUCCUUCGGCAUAAAUUCUUCUCCCUUCUCGACGGGCAUAUUGCGACGGACGAAGAGUGUCGUAACUUGCUUGCAACCCAUGAAGGUUCUACCAGCAGGACAAUGACAACAUCUAGAAAUGCCAAAUUGCGUUCUGGAAAACACAACAUGGCAAAAGGAGCUUUAAGACCAGAGGACGCUGCGGCACUGCGGUUGAGAGCGACACUGGACCGAAACGCAAAGAAUAUUCCGAUACAACGUUAAACUCAAUGGUUACUUGGAGAAAAGUUGGUCCCGAGAACUAUUCUUGUCAUGUGC